AACGCGCCGCGCCCGGCGCUCGGCCGCCCGCCGGUGAAGCGGAGACUGGACCUGGAAACUGACCAUCAAUACCUGGCUGAGAGCAGUGGGCCAGCUCGGGGAAGAGGCCGCCACCCAGGAAAAGGUGUGAAAUCCCCAGGGGAGAAGUCACGCUAUGAGACAUCCCUGAAUCUGACCACCAAACGCUUCCUGGAGCUGCUGAGCCGCUCGGCUGAUGGAGUUGUUGAUCUGAACUGGGCAGCUGAGGUGCUGAAAGUGCAGAAACGGCGAAUCUAUGAUAUCACCAAUGUCCUUGAGGGCAUUCAGCUCAUCGCCAAGAAGUCCAAGAACCAUAUCCAAUGGCUAGGCAACCACGCCACGGUAGGGAUCGGUGGGCGGCUUGAAGGACUGACCCAGGACCUCCAGCAACUGCAGGAGAAUGAACGGCAGCUGGACCACCUGAUCCACGUCUGUACCACUCAACUUCGGCUGCUUUCCGAGGAUGCUGACAGCCAACGCCUGGCCUACGUGACUUGCCAGGACCUUCGUAGCAUUGCAGAUCCUGCAGAGCAGAUGGUCAUGGUGAUCAAGGCCCCCCCUGAGACCCAGCUUCAAGCCGUGGACUCCUCAGAGACCUUUCAGAUCUCCCUUAAGAGCAAACAAGGCCCUAUCGAUGUUUUCCUGUGCCCUGAAGAGAAUGUGGGCGGGAUCAGCCCCGGGAAGACCCCAUCCCCAGGAGCAUCUUCUGGGGAGGAGGACAGGGCAGCUGAUCCUGCCACCACAGUGCCACCAUCAUCAUCUCCCCCCUCAACCUCUGACACGGAUCCCAGCCAGCCCCUGCUCAGCCUGGAGCAAGAACCUCUGCUCUCCCGGAUGGGUGGCCUGCGGGCCCCCAUGGACGAGGACCACCUGUCUCCGCUGGUGGCGGCCGACUCACUCCUGGAGCAUGUGCGGGAGGACUUCUCCAGCUUCCUCCCUGAGGAAUUCAUCAGUCUGUCUCCCCCACACGGGGCCCUCGACUACCACUUUGGCCUUGAGGAGGGCGAGGGCAUCAGAGACCUCUUCGACUGUGACUUUGGGGACCUCACCCCCCUGGAUUUCUGACGGCUUACAGGGACCAGGCCUCCUGAGAUGCCCACCCUGUUUCUGCAGUCCUGGAGCCCCCUGCCCUUGGCUGUCCUCCCAGCCUGAUUGGAAAUGUUUAAUUUAUACCAUUUUCCCCUGUCUCCAGAAGCUUCUAGCUCUGGAGUCUGGCUACUGCCAAAAGGCUGAGCAAGCCAGGAAGGGAAGGAUUUUGUUUGUGGUGUGUAUGUGCAUGCACCCAACACCCAAUGUGUGUACACGGGUGAGUGGUGUGUGAGCAUGUGUGUGUGCAUGUACCGGGGAAUGAAGGUGAACACAUCUGUGCGUGCACUGAAAACACGCCCCAGUGUGUCACGUGUGUGUGCAUGAGUCCAUGUGUGCUUGUGGUGGGGGCUCUAACUGCACUUUUGGUCUCCUUGCUCCAGGGGCCUCACAAGGCCCAGGGUGGCCACCUGCCCCCAGAAUCCUGCGUGCUGACCAGGCCAGAUGGUGAGGCCUUGGCCUGCUUGUUUGCAGGACAGCGAGAGCACUUCUGUCGUCUUAAAGGUUUUUCUGAUUGAAGCUUUAAUGGAGCGUUAUUUAUUUAUCAAGGUCUCUUUGGCAAGCCUGGGGCACCAGCAAAGGGUAGGAGGGAUGUGGGGCUGAUGUCCCAGCUCCCUAUACCCCUGAGUGAGGGCAGGGGUCCCUUAGCUGUUCUUUGCCCCACUCUGAAGGAGCUGAGGCCUGAGCGGUUUUAUUUAUUGGGAGAUUGAGGAAGAGAGGGAGACUGACUGACAGCUAUGGGUGGAUGAAGGGGGUGGUCCCUCCCCAGGGGGUCACUGCAGGGCUCCAGCUGUCCCCCAGAACGGAUGCGAGACAGGAGAGGUGAGUGGGGGACCUUCACUGACGGGGUGGGCAGGAGGGUGGGCGACGGGCCUCCCCACAGCCCAGCCCUCGGGGCCCUCCUGCAGCAUCUGAAGCGCCCCCCCUACUCCACUGGCUCUGCUCCAUCCACUGUGCACUUUGAUUCGCCUGCCUAACAGCUGUUCCCUCCUGCUUCGGUUUUAAUAAAUGUUUUGAUGGUG